AUGCAUAUCUAUCCCACUCCGAUUUCGCUGCAGCCUACCGGCGGCCUCCUCAAACUUGCCGCCCGACAAGAAGACGACGGAGUUCACGUGAUUACCCAGACAGUCCGUCGACCUUUCACCACUUACGUUACGUUGGUCACGCUGGGACCCGGAGAGCCAACUCCGGUGCCCGGCGGCGACACCGUCGAAGCCCCACCAGACCCGACGCCUACGCCGAACACGGCCCCACCACCUUCGAGCCGCGGCGCCGGAUCACUAUCAAGCGUCCAGGUCGGCGCUAUUCUUGGCGGCAUCGUUGCGUUCGUUGCGAUCUCAAGCACCACAUUCAGUUGCAGGACGGUUGUGACCAUGCGCUCUCCUUCGUUCAGCCUCCUGGCAGCGGCCUUGGCCCUGGUGUCGACUUCAUCGGAAGCUUCAGUUGCAUCACCUAAGCCGAAUAUCCCCGAGAGACCACAUGUCGAGCCUGCACCCUUCAAUGCCGGCCGCUCUAUGCCAUUUUCACCUCCGAGAGAGGAGGGACGCUACUGCUACGUCAAGCCAGGAUGUGGCGAGAAGCGUGAUGAUGCGCCAAGGGUUUUGGAUGCUUUCAAUAAAUGCAACGACGGUGGCACAGUGGUCUUCGACAAGUCCUACAUUAUCGGCUCACCCUUGGAUCUCACCUUCCUGAAGCACAUCGACGUUGUCAUUACCGGAUCGAUCGAGUUCAACGAUGAUCCGUACUACUGGGCUGAGAACAGCUUCAAGUUCGACUUCCAGAACCAGUCUGUCUUCUGGAAGCUUGGUGGAGAGGACGUCAACAUUUACGGUGACUUGGGCAACGAUCAAUCUGUGAUCGAUGGACGUGGCCAGGCCUACUGGGUGGAGAUCGAGACCAACAAGAGCCUUCUGAGACCGAUGCUGUUCUCUUUCGAUGGGGUCAAGGGGGCUACUAUGUCUCAUCUACGCAUGCGCAACCCACCCAACUGGUUCAACCUCAUCGCCAACAGCACCGAUGUCCUCAUCAGCAACAUGGACCUCAGAGCUCAGAGUGAGAACGGUGUGAAGAUUGCCAACUCGGACGGAUGGGACACCUACCGCUCUGAUCGAGUCGUUAUUCAGGAUUCGUUCAUCAUCAAUACCGAUGACUGUGUAUCUUUCAAGCCAAACAGCACGAAUGUUGUCGUUCAAAACAUGGACUGCACCGGAUCCCACGGCAUGAGUGUUGGAUCCCUAGGCCAGUACAAGGGUGAGACCGACAUUGUUGAGAACUUGUACAUCUACAACAUCACAAUGGCAAAUGCCAGCGACGCUGCUCGUAUCAAGGUCUGGCCUGGGGUUGAGACAGCUUUUCAGACUCUUCUCAACGGUGGUGGAGGUCUCGGCCGGGUGAGAAACGUCACAUAUGACUUGUUUAAAAACAUCAACAAUGACCGCGCCAUUACUAUCACGCAAUGCUACGGACAGAAGAACCAAACCUUGUGCGAGGAGCACCCCGCCAACCUGACUAUCACAGACAUUACCCUGAAGAACAUCUAUGGAACUACUUCGGCGAAGCUUGAUCCCGAAGCCGGGACCUUGGUUUGCAGUGCACCUGAUCGAUGCAGCAACAUUCGCGCCGAGAACGUCACUGUGACGGUGCCGAGUGGAAAGUCUCCAGUUUACGAAUGUAAAAACUUGGACAAUAGUCUUCUGCAGAUUAAUUGCACUUCUGGAACGGGCGAGGACCGCGAUACCGGCAGUGGUUGA